UAUUUCAGCGCGGGGGAGGCGGCCGGGCGGAGAGCGAGCGCUGGGCAGAGCGGGGCACACGGCGGCAGCGGAGCGGGGGGAAGCGGCCGGCGGAGCGGGUGCGAGAGCGAGUGCGCGGCGGAGGCGCUUCGGGUCCGUUUGCCGGUGACUCCCGCGGGGCAGGUUCACAAUGUCUGACAGAAAGGCUGUGAUCAAGAAUGCAGACAUGUCUGAGGACAUGCAGCAGGAUGCUGUAGACUGUGCUACACAGGCAAUGGAGAAGUACAACAUAGAGAAAGACAUUGCAGCAUAUAUAAAGAAGGAAUUUGACAAGAAAUACAACCCUACUUGGCACUGCAUUGUUGGCAGAAAUUUUGGCAGCUAUGUAACACAUGAGACAAAGCACUUCAUCUAUUUUUACUUGGGUCAGGUUGCAAUUCUGCUGUUCAAGUCUGGAUAGGAAGUCGGAGCAAGUGAAAUUUGGACUGUAAUGCACUGAUGGCUGAAGCCAAGAUUCCCUUUAACAUGGCUGUGCCGCUGCAUGGACUGUAUACUAUAUUUAAUGUGUAUAUGUUGCAGUAAAAUCUACUUCUGUUUAGUUGCCUGGGAAGAAGGCGGCAUUUUUUUUGUUACUGCUUUUUUUUUUUCUUUCUUUUUGGUUGUAUUGCACUAGGAAAACUGUAAAUGCUUAAACAAUGGCCUUUCAAUGGGAAGAAAUAAAACUGUUCCACAAACAGCUCCCCCAGUGGUAACCUUUUCUUUGGCAAGGCGGGGAAAACACUUUUUUUUGUUUAGCAGACCAAAAAGAUCUUAUUGAGUUCAUAGUAAAUACUCUUGUUAGACUGUUUAAACUUCUGUGUGUGUAUCAAUGGAGGAACGUCAACUUUCCUUUUCAGUUUUAGUCUGUGGGGUGGAUGUGGGAGCUGUGUCAAUUUGGCUUUGCUGGUCAUCUCAGCAGUUGGUGGGGAGAAAGGCCUUAUAAUGCCCUUGUAAGUUAGCCGGGAGGUUUUUUAACAAGGUUUUCAUUCAAAAAGUGUAUUCCUAUCUUGGGACUGCAUGGCAAAUCAUACAGCUGGGCCUUGAUGUUUUCUCUAGAAAUGCCCACACCACUGCCCUCAGAUCAGCCUACAUGGAUCAACUAAACUCACAGCAACUUAAUCUAGUCUGAAACUUUUUAAAUGUCCCCCCUAAAUUAUUACUUUUUGUAGGAGGAAGGAUCUCCUGGCCUCAGUUGGUUUGUGGUGGGGUGAUCCAGAGCUUAGUUGCUGCCACUGAGACUAACUUUCUUAGGCCAUCUGGUCUCUGUUCCAAAAUGGACUAGAAAAUUUUAAAUGUAGUGAUUGACACCAGAAUCUGAAAGACUUGAUUUGGCAUGUCUUUAUCCAGACAACACUGCCUUAGCUCGGGUCUUUCCCUAAAGUAACCUAGUCAUCUGGAAGACUUGCAGAUGGCCACUGUUGUCUCCAGCAGCUACAGUGAAAAUCCUCCAGGAAUAGCUUCUGUGUUCCAAAUCUCUCUCCUCUCUUAGCAGAAGCUGUUUUGUGAGGGGACACUUGUGAACAUAGUCUCUGAAGACAGAAUGUCGUUCUCUCCAAUAGGGUCAGCAGUGUUUUCUUAGUGUGUAGUAACUUCUAGUUCAAACUGCAAGAAGGUUCUUCUGGAUCAUCCUAGGGUGGUGUCCCCUCCCCUUCAAUCCCCCCUCCCCCCAAAAAUAAAUAACCCUCCAAAAACACCUGUGGUGGCUUCUGCAAAACUUGGUGCUUGCAGUAAGAGCCUAUUGAUCGGUGGUUAAUAUGGGCAGAAUUUCUAGAAUGGAGUGAAUUCUGUUCUAGGGCAAGGUGACUCCUAACUCUCAAGAUGAACCAGGUUGAUGGUUGAAAAUAACAUGCCACUGCUUUUUGUUUGCUGUACUGGGAGAGGGGAGAAAGUGUUACUAUUAAUUGUGAAAUGACUGAAUGACCCAGGCUGACUUUUUCCUGAAGUAAAAGUCCUUGUGUCUGUAGACUGUGCAAAAUCCAAAGUAUACCUAACUUUGUAAUAUUGAUAGAACCAUGUUGUAACUAGACAAGAUGUGGUGUCAUAAUUUAUUUCAUGUUGACAAAAAACUUCCAAUCUGGGGGUAAGGUGCCUUGGACUAACCAGGGCACUUUGGUGACUUUUGUCUAUACAGAACUCCACUUUUGAUCUAAAAAAGGAGAAUGUGUGUUUGUUUUCCAAGCAUGAGUCUGAUGUGAACCUGUUCACACUCUUCUGUGGAGCAAGAGAUGUUCCCUUCAUAACUGCAAUUGCUCAAAUACCUUUUUAUUUUUCAAACAUUAAAGGUGAAUUGACACAUUUAAAAA